AUGGACCAACAGAAUGCUCACAUACAAGUUUGUGAGGCGGUGGUUUCAACCUUUAAAUACAUUCGUUUCAUAGGACCAACUCUGAAGAUGCUAAAUCCCUUGCAAUUAUUGCAAGAGCUAAAUGAAAGCUCCUCCUUUUUGCAACCUUUGGCCUUCACACUGCUGGCCAUUUUCCUUGUCCUCCUAUACACAUGGUACUCUUCGACUAAAACCACCACCCAAAAAUCAACACAACCACCUUCUCCGCCAAAGCUACCUAUCAUUGGAAACCUUCACCAGAUAGGCUCGUACCCUCAUCGCUCACUUCAAGCCUUGUCCCAACGCCAUGGCCCUCUCAUGCUUCUCCACUUUGGAAGUGUCCCGGUGCUUGUUGUCUCUUCAGCUGAGGCAGCCCGGGAGAUCUUGAAAACUCAUGACCUCGUGUUUUCUGAUCGACCCAAGUCCACCAUCUUUGAGAAGCUUCUCUACAACUACAAAGAUGUCUCAAGCGCGCCGUAUGGUGAGUAUUGGAGGCAGGUGAGAAGUAUAUGUGUUUUAAAUCUUUUGAGCAACAGAAGGGUUCGGUCUUUUCGUUCUGUGAGGGAAGAGGAAACCAAAUCCAUGAUCAGAAACAUAAAGGACUCAUCAUCAUCUGUUUUGAAUCUAAGUGAAAUGUUUGUGAGGCUUACUAAUGAUGUAGUGUGUAGAGUGGCUCUAGGGAGGAAGUACAGUGAUGGGGAAGGCGGGGAAAGUGGGAGGAUGUUUAAGGAGAUUUUAGGGGAGUUCGGUGACUUACUGGGAACUGUUAAUAUUGGGGACUAUGUCCCAUGGCUUUCUUGGUUGAGCCAUGUCAAUGGUUUGGGAGCCAAGUUAGACAAGGUGGCUAAGCAGUUGGAUGACUUUAUAGAUACAAAAGAAAACUUGGCUGGCAUUCCUAUUGAUAGAGUUAGUGUAAAGGGUAUCAUCUUGGACAUGUUUGCUGCUGGCACUGAUACCACAUAUACUGCCUUAGAGUGGGCAAUGACUGAGCUUUUAAGGCAUCCAAGGGUCAUGAACAAAUUGCAGAAUGAGGUAAGGGGAAUAGUUGGAAACAAAACAGACGUAAUUACAGAGGAUGAUUUGGUUGAAAUGCACUACUUGAAGGCAGUGACGAAGGAGACUCUUCGCUUACAUCCACCAGUUCCAUUACUAGUUCCCAGGAUGUCAACCCAAGAUGUAGAAGUAAAUGGCUACAACAUUAAAGCCAACACACAAGUUUUCAUCAGCGCAUGGCAAAUCGGAAGAGAUCCCAAGGUGUAUAACAAACCAGAGGAGUAUGAGCCAGAAAGGUUCUUGAAUAAUGGUAUAGAUUACAAAGGGAAUGACUUUGAAUUGAUUCCAUUUGGAGCUGGUAGGAGGGUCUGCCCAGGAAUUCAGUUUGCCAUGGCUGUUAAUGAAAUUGCCUUAGCAAGCAUCGUGCAAAAGUUCGAUUGGGCAUUGCCCGGUGAAGCAAGUGGGGAGGAUUUAGACAUGACAGAAACCACUGGUAUGACCGCACAUAAAAAAUGUCCUCUCAAAGCUGUUGCUUUUCCACACUUUUAA